ACAACUUAUAGUUGUUCUAAUAUAAAAAUAAAAUAAAAUGUCGCGUAAUUCCAUAAGUAUUGGAGACUAUAUUGUUAUCAAAAAGCAGAAUUAUAAGAAACUUCAUAAGUUUAAUAAGGCAAAUUCAUGUGUAAACAUUGGACGUGAUAAUGUAAAUCUUAAUGGAAUAGAUGGUUGUGAAUAUUUUUCUGUUUUUAGGAUGUUACCAAGAAAUAAAAAGAAUCGAGAAUAUGAUUUAGAACUAAGCCAAGAAGCUAUAGAUCUAAAAAAUGAAAUCGAUGUGAAAGAAUCGGGCACUGAUAAUAGAAACAUAUUUGAUGAUGGUCGAUCCCAAAAGUUAACACCUGCAGAAAUUAACGAUUUAAGAAGUGACGCUAGUAGAGCAUCUGAUAUUGUAGAAAGUCUUAUAACGAAUUCUAAAACAUUUCAUAAUAAGACUGAAUUUUCUCAAGAAAAGUACUUAAGGAAAAAAGAAAAAAAGUAUUUUGAAUACAUACAAAUUCUGAAGCCCAAUUUAAGGAUGAUUACUGAGAUAUUAUAUAAAUUGGACCCAAGCAAAAUUCAGGGUAUAAGAAUAGAUACAUUGUCGCAAAUAAUAACAUUGUGUAAUAUCAGUUCUGAAGGUACCCAUUUACUUUAUGAUUCCGGUUCUAAUGGUUUGUUGGCAGCAGCAUUACUUAGUGCAAUUGGAGAGCAAAGCAGUGGUAAACUAAUUCAUAUGCAUCCUGGAAAUAUGUCACAGAAAUUAGCAUUAAUGGGAAUGAACUUUAGUAUAGAACAAUUGGAUAGAUGCGUUUCUGUAAAUGUUUACUCCGCAUUAAGACAGUUCUAUCAGGGAUGUGAUACCAACUCAAAUGAUGUAUCUAACAAGGAAAGUAUUGAUGGAAAUGAAUUAAAAAGAAAAGCUGUAGAAAAUGUAAAUGGUCAUAUAAAUAAAGUAACUAAAAUUGAAGUUGAUACUGAUGUUAAGAAUAAUAAAACAAAUGUAUCAGACAAUGAUAAAGAAGAUUAUGAACCAAAAAAGCCAAAAUGGCACUUUUUGAACAUUACCGCAUCAAAACUAUUAUCAGAAAAAGCAGACUCUUUGGUUAUCGCUUGUAAAGAGGAUCCACAAAAUAUUUUCAAUGAAUUAUCAGACUUUGUAAAACCAGGAAGGCCAUUUGUUGUGUAUUAUAAUGUUGCAGAGCCUUUACAGAACUUGUAUAUGGCACUUAAAUCAAAGGGUAAUGUUUCAGCUCUGAAACUUACUUGCAAUUGGAUGAGGAACUAUCAGAUACUUCCAGAACGAACACACCCGGAAGUGACUAUGGAUAACGGAGGUGGCUUUUUGUUAAGUGGAUAUAUUUUUAAAUGAUUAUAUAUUUUUAAUAAUGUGACUAA